AUGUCAGGCUUGAAGGGGACAGAGGUGUCGAGCAACUGGAAGAAGCUGCAAGAGAAGCUCCAAGCAGAGAAGAAGAAUCAACCGCAGCAGAGCAAUGGCGUGAAGCGCAAGAGGCCCGACAACGACAAGCCAAAAGCCGCGAAUGCAUUCAAGAAGCCAAAGACCACAGGCGCAAGACCACUCAAGCCAGUACGACCUCACAAGAUGGGCACCACCACCUCCACCCCCACCUCACAACCCCCCCUCCGCUCCUCGCUCACCACCACCCACGACAUCCCCCCCUCCGACUUAACAGCCGCCUACGGCACCCACUCUUCGACUCCUCUCUCGACUCCUCUCAAACACAAGGAUGAAGUGAACGCCGGCCUCCACCCCACCCACAAGAUCGGCAAAUACCUCGCCCUCGACUGCGAAAUGGUCGGCACCGGGCCCCCACCCCACUUUCCCGACCACAUCCUCGCCCGCGCGAGUCUGGUGAAUUUCCACGGCGAGCAGGUGUACGACUCGGCGGAGCAUAUCCGGCCCGGGGUCGCGAGGCCGUUUGGCGAGGUGCAGAAAACCGUCGCUUCACUCCUCUCCGGCCGUAUCCUCGUCGGCCACGCACUAAAGAAUGAUCUUGUGGUCCUGGGACUCAGUCAUCCGAAGAGGGAUCUAAGGGAUACGAGCCGCUACGCGAAGUUCAGAAUCGAGAGUAAAGGCAAACCCCCCGCGCUGAGGAAUCUGGCGAAGCAGGAGUUAGGAUGGGCUAUUCAGGAGGGGGAGCACUCGAGUGUGGAGGAUGCGCGGGCGGCGAUGGGGUUGGUGAGGAAGGAGAGGGUGGGGUUUGAGGAGGAGAGUCGGAGGGUGUUUGGGGUAGGGAGGAAAGAUGACGGGAACAAGGGGAAGGGGAGGGGUGAGCUGGAUAGGGAGGAGGAUGGUGGGGAGGCUGAUGAGGACGAUGAUAUGGAUUUGCUGGAUGGCGAGGAGGGCGAGGACGAGGUUGAUGGCGAUGAGGCGCCCGCGAAGGCCAAAGUCACGGCGACGGUGAAGAAGAAGUAUAAGAAGAAGAAACGGACGAAGCGCAAGUAG